AUGGCGAAGACGGAGUCCGUUGAGGCUCUUCUGGCGCCCUCAUUACGCGUCUCUCGACCUGUUGCGGCGUGUGCGAGAUGUCGCUCAGCCAAGAUAAAAUGUGAUGGAAAACUUCCCGCCUGUUCCGCUUGUGAGCGUUCUGGCAAAGGCAGCAGUUGUACAAGCGCCAACGAUGAAUUUGCUCGUGGCAAGGAAAGAAGUUAUGUUGCUGCCCUGGAGGCCGCUGCUCAAAGACUUCAGAAGAAAAUAGAGCGUGCCAGAGCCGAAAUCGCCAGUCAGAAGCCUUCGUCAGCCUCAUAUCCGGGCCAGCAAAGGCAACAACCACCCAGGAGGAUCAGUGGCACACGGCGCAAGGAGGCAUCCGACGUAGACGAACUCGUCAGCGAUUUUGGAUUUCUGACGGUCAACGCUACCUCUCGAGACUUCCACGGCUUCACCUCUACCGUGUCUUUCGCCAAGUUGCUUCUUUCUGCCGCCACAAGGGAUGAACUGCCUCCUACCGAAACACGCGGUCUCCCACCGAGAUAUGCCAUCACACCAAUGAUCAGUCACUAUAUGGACAAUAUCUACGUCCUCUUUCCGUUCUUCUCCGAGACGGAGCUGAUGAGUAGCCUUUCGCGCAUUUACAAUGAAUCGUCAGGCGGAGGGUCGUCUGUCUCUCCUCUUGAUGUUUGGAAUGUGCGACUCAUCCUGGCCAUCGCUUACGCUGCUUGCUCUCAACGAAGAGGUGACGAAAACGACAAGACCGCCCUACAGCACAUGACGGCUGCUCGUAGCUUGGCAGGCUACGUUCUUCACCCGGGAUCGAUAGCCGGGUUACAAGCACUUCUGCUGCUUGUACAAUAUGCUUUGGUCGACCCUGCUCACUUUGACAGCUGGUACCUUGCUGGUAUGGCUUCGCGCCUUAUGGUUGAUUUGGGCCUUCACUGUGAACCACCAGCCGAGUUGAAGAUCAGUAAGAGCGCAUUGGAUCUGCGACGCAGAAUAUUCUACUGUACCUACGCCCUCGACCGCUUGGUCAGUAUGUCUCUGGAUCGAGCAUUUUCCUUCACCGACGACUCGGCUUCCGAAGUACCGCUUCCCACGUCGGCGACAGAUGGUUCGCCAUCCAAUCUUUUCCUCCGCUCCACCCGGCCGUCACUGUUCCUAUUCGACAUUCGCAGAGUACAAUCCGCGUUUUAUCAGACGACGCGAUGGUCUUCGCGCACCCAAUGGCCCCUUGCAACAGCAGCCACGUAUGCUAGUUCCGUAUCCAAUGACAUACACGCAUGGUACUCCACGAUUCCACCCAAUCUGUCACAGCGCCAUGUCAUGCUCUUUAACCUGGAGAGGUUGUAUUGCCAGAUUUUGGUCGUAUCACCCAAUCAGAGGGUCCCUGCCAGUAAUAUGACAGACCUCAACAAAGAGCUCGUGUUUGAAUACUCGUCUCAAUAUGCAGAGUUGUUACAGCCUAUUACACAGGAUGUGACAUGGCAUGCAUACUUGACCUACGCAGAUAUCUGUCGGGCCAAGUACGUUGGACAAAAGUUUGUGGAGGUGAUGUGGUCGGAUUUCGACCGCCUGUUGAAGACGUCGCACUCCGUUCGAGAAGGAUCCCCCGUUACAAACAACGUACCGUUGGACAAUGGACAACGUGCAACCAUUUUCCUACGCAAGAUCAUCGAGAUCUUGGACUUUGCUCGACAUCGCUGGGCUAUGCCACAGAUGCGCGAGAAAUUUGAACAAGAGUCAGCAGUACUCUUCUCACGUCUGAAAAGCCGACAGAUGGAUGUCAAGCCGGUUCAAUACUCGAAUACACCCAACACGACCGCCAGCAGCAACAACAACAACACGGGUUAUAACAAUACUGGAGUCGGCGUGUGGACGAACCCGAAUCAGUAUACACACGAUGGCGCUGCCUUGCCUCAACUUCCCAGUCCUCCAAUUAAGCAAGACCUCAAGGGCCAGCACGGCCAGCAAUCUCAGCCAAUGCUGACACCACCGGAAGAAUAUCACAUGGGGUCGAAUUACCCACUGCCACCAGGCUCUCUGCCACGACGGAGCUACGAAUUUUUUGGUGGCCGGAAGUGA